AUGGUAACUUGUUCUGGACGGAAUUCUAGCUUGUUAUGCACAGAUCCACGCAGACGAAACCCGUUGAGCACAGGAAUCACUCGUUCUAUAAAUGAUGUCGCCGACGCCGGUUUCGUGUCUCACAAUCAACGUUCCGUUCAAAGUUUCUUCCUGGUUUGCAAUGCCUCACCCAAGCCGGCGCCAGCGCCGCCACCAUCGCCGUCGCCGCCGCCGACGAGAAACCCAUAA